AUGAGUCUUCAAAAUUAUAAGGUUGCUGAUAUUUCUCUCGCUGCCUUUGGCCGCAAGGAACUUGAAAUUGCUGAAAAUGAGAUGCCUGGUUUGAUGGCUAUUCGCGAAAAGGACGCUCAAUCCCAGCCUUUGAAGGGAGCGAGAAUUGCUGGAUGUCUUCACAUGACUAUCCAAACUGCCGUCCUUAUUGAGACUUUGGUUGCUUUGGGCGCUGAAGUUACCUGGUCUUCUUGUAACAUUUAUUCUACUCAAGAUCACGCCGCUGCUGCCAUUGCUGCUACUGGUGUCCCCGUCUUUGCUUGGAAAGGUGAAACUGAAGAGGAAUACAUUUGGUGUAUUGAACAACAAUUAAAGUCUUUCCCCAGUGGACAACCUUUGAACAUGAUUUUGGAUGAUGGUGGUGACUUGACUGCUCUUGUUCAUGAGCGUCAUCCUGAACUUCUUGUUAAUAUUCGCGGUAUUUCUGAGGAAACUACUACUGGUGUUCACCACUUGUACCAGAUGUUCCACGAGAACAAACUUAAGGUUCCUGCCAUCAAUGUCAACGACUCCGUCACUAAGUCUAAGUUUGAUAACCUCUUUGGUUGCAAGGAAUCUUUAGUUGAUGGUAUUAAGCGUGCCACUGAUGUAAUGAUUGCCGGAAAGGUUGGUGUUGUUGCCGGAUUCGGUGAUGUUGGUAAGGGUUGUGCCACUUCUCUUCGCAAUCAAGGUGCUCGUGUUAUCGUCACCGAGGUUGAUCCCAUUAAUGCUCUCCAAGCUGCCAUGGAUGGUUUUGAAGUUACCACUAUGGAAGAGGCUGUCAAGGAAGGUCAAAUUUUCGUCACUACCACUGGUUGCCGUGACAUUAUCCUUGGUGAACAUUUCAUGGCUAUGCGCGAAGACUCUAUUGUUUGCAACAUUGGUCACUUUGACGUCGAAAUUGAUGUUGCCUGGUUGAAGGAGAAUGCUAAGGAUUGUGUCAACAUUAAGCCUCAAGUUGACCGUUAUGAAUUGAGCAAUGGACGCCAUAUUAUCCUUUUGGCUGAUGGUCGUCUUGUCAACCUUGGUUGCGCUACUGGACAUCCCUCUUUUGUCAUGUCUUGCUCUUUCGCUAACCAAGUCCUUGCUCAAAUUGCUUUGUGGACCGACAAUCAAAGCUACCCUCUUGGAGUGCACAUGCUUCCCAAGAAAUUGGAUGAGGAAGUCGCUCGUUUGCACUUGGGUAAGCUUAAUGUUAAGCUUACUGAACUUACUCCCGUCCAAUCUAAAUAUUUGGGUAUUGCAUCUGAAGGUCCUUACAAGGCCAACCACUACCGUUAUUAA